GCCGCGCGCCGCGUCGCUGUAACCGGACACCCUCGCGCCCGCCGCGGUGCCGGCCACUUUCCAUUCACUGCGAGGGGCUUGGCGGAGCGGCGCCGAGUCCGCGAGCGCCCUACAAAGAGUCGGAGCGCCGGGAGGAGGCGCCGCCGGGACGCCGCGGACGGCGGGCCCUCUGCGGGAAGGGCUGGGCGGCGGCGGCCCCGGCUGAGCCCGGCGACCCGGCCUUCUCGGUAUUCUCCCUUGGAUAUUAACUUGCAAAUCUGGAGAAAAUGGCCUUCCGGACAAUUUUCGCGUUGGUUGGAGUAUUUGUUUGUUCUAUCUGUGUAAAAGGAUCAUCUCAGCCCCAAGCAAGAGUUUAUUUAACAUUUGAUGAGCUCCGAGAAACCAAGACCUCUGAAUACUUCAGCCUGUCCCACCACCCUUUGGACUACAGGAUAUUAUUGAUGGAUGAAGAUCAGGACCGGAUAUAUGUGGGCAGCAAAGAUCACAUUCUUUCCUUGAAUAUUAACAAUAUAAGUCAAGAACCUUUGAGUGUUUUCUGGCCAGCAUCUACAAUCAAAGUCGAAGAGUGCAAAAUGGCUGGCAAAGAUCCCACACACGGCUGUGGGAACUUCGUCCGGGUCAUUCAGGCUUUCAACCGAACUCACUUGUAUGUCUGUGGGAGUGGUGCUUUCAGCCCCGUGUGUACUUAUUUGAAUAGAGGGAGGAGAUCAGAGGACCAAGUGUUUGUGAUUGACUCCAAGUGUGAAUCCGGAAAAGGACGCUGCUCUUUCAACCCCAAUGUGAACACAGUGUCUGUUAUGAUCAAUGAGGAGCUAUUCUCUGGAAUGUAUAUAGAUUUCAUGGGCACAGAUGCUGCUAUUUUUCGAAGUUUAACCAAGAGGAAUGCAGUCAGAACUGAUCAACACAAUUCCAAAUGGCUAAGUGAACCUAUGUUUGUGGAUGCACAUGUCAUCCCAGAUGGCACAGAUCCAAAUGAUGCUAAGGUGUACUUCUUCUUCAAAGAGAAACUGACUGACAAUAGCAGAAGCACAAAACAGAUUCAUUCCAUGAUUGCUAGGAUAUGUCCGAAUGACACUGGGGGACUGCGCAGCCUUGUCAACAAGUGGACAACCUUUUUGAAAGCGAGGCUGGUGUGCUCUGUGACUGACGAAGACGGGCCUGAAACACACUUUGAUGAAUUAGAGGAUGUGUUUCUGCUGGAAACUGAUAACCCAAGGACAACACUAGUGUAUGGCAUUUUUACAACAUCAAGCUCAGUUUUUAAAGGCUCGGCAGUGUGUGUGUAUCAUUUAUCUGAUAUACAGACUGUGUUUAAUGGGCCUUUUGCCCACAAAGAAGGGCCCAAUCAUCAGCUGAUUUCCUAUCAGGGUAGAAUUCCAUAUCCUCGCCCUGGAACUUGCCCAGGAGGAGCAUUUACACCCAACAUGCGGACUACUAAGGAGUUUCCAGAUGAUGUUGUCACUUUUAUCCGAAACCAUCCCCUCAUGUACAAUUCUGUAUACCCAAUCCACAGAAGGCCUUUGAUUGUUCGCAUAGGCACCGAUUACAAGUACACAAAGAUAGCUGUGGAUCGAGUGAAUGCUGCUGACGGUAGAUACCAUGUCUUGUUUCUUGGCACAGAUCGAGGCACUGUGCAAAAGGUGGUUGUCCUUCCUGCUAACAGCUCUGCCAGGGGUGAACUCAUUCUGGAGGAGUUAGAAGUCUUUAAGAAUCAUGCUCCUAUAACAACAAUGAAAAUUUCAUCCAAAAAGCAACAGUUGUAUGUGAGCUCCAAUGAAGGGGUUUCCCAAGUGUCUCUGCAUCGAUGCCACAUCUACGGUACAGCCUGUGCUGACUGCUGCCUGGCAAGGGACCCUUACUGUGCCUGGGAUGGCCAUUCUUGCUCUAGGUUCUACCCAACUGGAAAGCGGAGGAGCCGAAGACAAGACGUGAGACAUGGAAAUCCAUUGACUCAAUGCAGAGGAUUUAAUCUAAAAGCAUAUAGAAAUGCAGCUGAAAUUGUUCAGUAUGGAGUAAAAAAUAACACCACUUUCCUCGAGUGUGCUCCUAAGUCUCCACAGGCAUCUAUCAAGUGGCUGUUACAGAAAGACAAAGAUAGGAGGAAAGAGGUCAAGUUGAAUGAACGAAUCAUAGCCACUUCACAAGGACUUCUAAUCCGCUCCGUUCAAGAUUCUGACCAAGGACUGUAUCACUGCAUUGCAACAGAAAACAGCUUCAAGCAGACCAUAGCCAAGAUCAACUUUAAAGUUUUAGAUUCUGAAAUGGUGGCUGUCGUGACAGACAAAUGGUCCCCAUGGACCUGGGCCAGCUCUGUGAGGGCUUUACCUUUCCACACAAAGGACAUCAUGGGGGCAUUUAGCCACUCAGAAAUGCAGAUGAUUAAUCAGUACUGCAAAGACACUCGGCAGCAUCAUCAACACGAAGAGUCACAGAAGAUAAGAGGGGACUAUGGCAAGUUAAAAGCGCUCAUCAAUAGCCGGAAAAGCAGAAACAGGAGGAAUCAGUUGCCAGAGUCAUAAUGUUCUCUUCCUUGGGGCUUAGGCUUCCAGGAAAGAAUGGUCUGUCUUCAGUGAUCAAAUUUUGAGCAAAGAACCUGUGCUUUACCCAUGGAAAUUCCCGAGGAAGGUGUUACUCACUCCUAAAGUGAAUAUUACGUGAACUGAAAUGAGCAUGCAUUUUCUUGUAUGAUAUUGACUAGCACUAGACAUGUCAUGGUCCUCAUGGUGCAUAUAAAUAUUUAACUUAACCCAGAUUUUAUUUAUGUAUUUACUUUUUCUUCAAAAUCAAUAUGGCGGCUAUACAACUAAAAUUCCUAUAUCCCUUAAUUGAAUGAGGGCCAUAACCCUAUGAGCUUCCUUCUUUGCUUUAGGGGCUUAGAUUUGGAAUUGUCAGUGAUUUUAUAUAUGAAAACAAAUGCCAAGUUCACAACUUUUAUGUUGUAAAAGUUGUGUAAGUACAUGUGAUAGAGUAGCUGUCAAAAGAAAUGUAGAAUAGAUACAAGUCAAGAAAGAGGGCAUCUAAAAGUUGUAUAAAACAUGAGUGAUUCAUCCAGAAAAGUGAACAGUUUAUAUGCUUCCAGUGAAAUAUAUUAAUGUUUUUUUAUAGAAAAUGGUCAAUUGCUGAUAUUUGUUAUUGAUCUUUGUUUCCUUGUUUUAGGAAGAUAAAGUGAAUGACCCUCACCAUAAACAUCUUUGAUUAGAGUUAUGUCAGCAAAACAUUUAAGUUUAUAUUCUUAUGCUAUCAUCUUCCAAACAAAAGCACUUUUUUUGGAAGUUAUUUAAGUUAUUAUAGACUCAGAGAAUAUAAUCUUACACUGUUUAAUUACUGUAUUUGUUCUAAUUUUCUAGUCUGUGUGGCAAAGUAAACAAUAUAAGAAGAAAAAAAAUGAAAUAUCGAACUUGUAUAUGAGAGGUGAAACUAUCAAAAUGGGGAAAAAUAAAGAAAUGCAUUUUUAUUGAAAGCUGUUUAUUAAAAAUAUGACUAGUUUUUAACAUCAGUAAUUAAUUUCAAUAAUUAACUCUCACAUUUUUUUGGUUUAUCAACCUCAGACAUCAUAAGAUUAAGACACCAGUUCAUUUUUUUAGAUGAUGUUUAGUGUGUGCUGGAGAGGUGCGCCUUUUGUGGAGAAAUGAAAAAAAUUCGAAUAUGAACAAAAGUAGACAUACUUUUUUUUUAAAGAAUGCUGGUGUAUUAUGUUCACUAGCAUAUAAAUACAAAUGUGGCGAAUUUUGCAAUGAAUAAAUAAUUUUCUUCUAA